AUACAUUUAUAUUCCCAUUUUAAAGCCAUUUAUUUUACAUCAAAAUUGAAUAAAGCAAUAGCUUUUAUUUCUUAUAUCAGUGGAAUUUUACUAAUUAACCGAAAACACCGGCUAAGUUUUUUUUAUUACCGUUAUACGGACGUAUUUGGAGAACGGUUAUCAUUUACAAGUCGGAUACCAAACGUAGCGGUAGUAACGUAUUCAAAAUGAUUGAAUUAUCACUGAAUAAUCCCGUUGUGCAAGCAUAUAUCGUUCAUUCAACCAUCCUAGCCGGCAAGUUAUUAUUAAUGAGCAUUUUGACCGCUGCAGUGCGUAUAACGUUAAAAGUGUUCCCAAAUCCAGAAGAUGCAAGUUUUCUCAGAGGAAAAGUGAAGUUUGGUGACCCCACAGUGGAACGUGUGCGACGUGCUCAUCGCAAUGAUUUGGAAAAUAUUCCAGCGUUUUGGAUACUUGCAGCUUUCUACUUGACGAUCAACCCAUCAGCUGCAUGGGCUAUUAUGUUCUUCAGGGUGUACACUGCAUGCCGUAUUGUGCAUACCAUAGUAUAUGUUAUCCCUGUGCCACAGCCGUCGAGGGCCCUUACUUUUGGUAUUGCCUAUGCUAUAAAGAUGUGUAUGGCAGCGCAAAUAAUUUUAUACUAUAUAACAUCGAUAUAGAAAACAUUAUAGGUAACUGUAAAAUUAGUGGUACGAGGGGUAUCGUUUAUUUUUUAACGUAACAUUACUCGGUUUCCUUGACAUUGGUGAAAGUUCAAUGACCUAUUAUUAUGUCAUGUGUGUUCGUUGUUAAACAUCCUUUACUCAAACGCUUAUUAAAGUUCUUAUGGACACAA